AUGCCUGUCUUUGUGCCUGGUGCAUCAACUCUGGAGCUAAACACAGAGACAUUUAAAGGUCUGCUUUUCUUUGAAGAGGUUGAAGUUAAAGUUAAGAAUAUGUUUUUAAAAUAUAUAGACACAGAAGGUAAGGCAAUGUUUUUAUGUUAAAAUUGGUUUAAAUGAUAAAGUUGUUUUUUCAGUGCUAUAACACUUACAUUUUUGAAUUACAUUAGCCACUUUCAUUUUCAAUAACAAGUUUACAAAAAUUCCAUGAGUGAUUAUUUUCAAAGGUUGCUGUUUGAACAAGUGCAAUUUGAAAAACUAAAUCUACUGUACUGUCAAUACGUUCUUAUUAAUUCAAUCGUACAGUACAUAUACUUGUCUACUGAUUUUUGGUUAUUUUCUUAAUCAUUGACGUUGGACAAGGAUGCACAACAGAUAUACAGUAUACUGUAUUUUUUUUAGCUGAGAAACUGCCAGACUUGCUAAUGUUUUGCACUGGAACCAACCAAAUCCCUCCACUCGGUUUUCAUGAGCCAUCCAAAAUAACAGUCAUGCAGUUGGAGCCUAUGUGUGGUCAGCUUUCCAAUGCUAACACUUGUCCACAAGAGCUGGAACUUCCAAGUUGUCAUUCAGAAUAUGAAACCUUUCGAGAAAGCAUGAAUUGUGCGUUGGUGAAUCAAAGCACUGGGUUUGGUAUUAUCUAG